AUGGCUGGUGGAUCUUCAAAAUCAAUUGCCCCAAAGCCGAGGAAAAGAGUGGAAGCUGAAACCAAAGAUGAAACCAGCAACAACGCCACCACUACUUUACUUCGCGCCAAAGAUGGAAGUGCUUUCGUUCGAUGUGAUGGAUGCAAUAAGAAUGUAGCUGUAGCGCUUAUAAGUAUGCACAAUUGCAGUCUCGACGCCAAGAUCAGAGGCAAUCUGGAAGCCCAAGUUGUUGAGACACAAAUUGAGGCUAAGAAGAAACCUGUAGAGAGGAAGAAGUCAACAUCUGAUGAGCCUAAGGCAAAGAGACUCAGAAAGACUAAGGAUGAAAAGAAGAGCUCUAACUCAAACAAGCCUAAACGACCUCUUACUGCUUUCUUCAUUUUCAUGGGUGAUUUCCGUAAAACUUUCAAAGAAGAGAAUCCUAGCUCUAAUGUUAAGGAUGUUGCAAAGCAAGGUGGAGAAAAGUGGAAGUCUUUGACUGAGGAAGAGAAGAAGGUUUAUUUGGAUAAAGCAGCUGAACUAAAGGCAGAGUAUAACAAGUCACUUGAGAGCAAUGAUGCUAAUGAGGAAGUUGAAUCAAAGUGA